AUGGAAACAACGAUAACAAAAAAUGUGAUGCGGAGACCAACCAUGGAAACAACGAUAACAAAAAAUGUGAUGCCAAGAGCAACCAUGGAAACAACAACAACAAAACAUGUGAGUCCGAGAGCAACCAUGGAAACAACGAUAACAAAAAAAUGUGAUGUGGGAACAACCAUGGAAACAACAAUAACAGAAAAUGUGAUGCGGAGACCAACCAUGGAAACAACGAUAACAAAAAAAUGUGAUGCGGAGACCAACCAUGGAAACAACGAUAAUAAAAAAUGUGAUGCCGAGAGCAACCAUGGAAACAACAAAAACCAAAAAUGUGAUGUGGGAGCAACCAUGGAAACAACAAUAACAACAAAUGUGAUGCGGAGACCAACCAUGGAAACAACGAUAACAAAAAAUGUGAUGCGGAGACCAACCAUGGAAACAACGACAACAAAAAAUGUGAUGCGGAGACUAACCAUGGAAACAACAAUAACAAAAAAUGUGAUGCAGAGACCAACCAUGGAAACAACAAUAACAAAAAAUGUGAUGCAGAGACCAACCAUGGAAACAACGAUAACAACAAUAUGUGAUGCGGAGACCAACCAUGGAAACAACGAUAACAAAAAAUGUGAUGCGGAGACCAACCAUGGAAACAACAAUAACAAUAAAUGUGAUGCGGAGACCAACCAUGGAAACAACAAUAACAAAAAAUGUGAUGCGGAGACCAACCAUGGAAACAACGACAACAAAAAAACAUGUGAUGCGGAGACAAACCAUGGAAACAACGAUAACAAAAAAUGUGAUGUGGGAGCAACCAUGGAAACAACAAUAACAAAAAAUGUGAUGCGGAGAUCAACCAUGGAAACAACGAUAACCAAAAAUGUGAUGUGGGAGCAACCAUGGAAACAACAAUAA